GGAGGAGCCCCGUCGAUCCAUGACCCACCCUUGCUGCUCGAUCUUAUCCCCGCAGCCGCGACUUAUCGAUGAUGACGCCGCCGGCUGCUCGAUCUUAUCCCCGCAGCCGCGACUUAUCGAUGAUGACGCCGCCGGCGGCGGCAGGGCCGCGGCAGCGCCGCCUCCGGCCAGCCGGACCCGGCGACCGCCUCCGGCCAGCCGGACCCGGCGACCGCCUCUGCUCCCGUUGCGCCCUCGUCGUCUUCCUGCUCGCCGCCUGCGCCUCCUCCGGCUCCGGGCGGGUGGUGACCAGCCUCCCGGGCUUCGACGGGCCCCUCCCCUUCCACCUCGAAACAGGGUACGUGGAGGUGGACGCGCAGAACGGCGCCGCGCUCUUCUACUACUUCGUCCAGUCCGAGUCCGGCGCCUCCGCGCCUUUCCUCCUCUGGCUCACGGGCGGCGACCGCUGCUCCGUCUUCAGCGGCCUCGCCUUCGAGAUCGGUCCCGUCAGGUUCGUCGUAGAGCCCUACGACGGCACGUUGCCGCGCCUGCAGUACAAUCAAAACUCGUGGGCCAAGGUGUCACAUAUCCUAUUUGUCGAUUCGCCGGUUGGGGCUGGGUUUUCCUUUUCUAGAGAACCUAAAGGCUAUGAUGUUGGAGACAUCUCAUCCACACUACAACUAUAUGACUUCCUCAUCAAGUGGUUUAAUGACCACCCUCAGUUCCUCACGAAUCCUUUCUAUAUUGGUGGAGACUCCUACGCCGGAAAAAUUGUGCCAUUUCUUGCGCAAAUUAUUUCAGAAGGUAUUGAAGCAGGAAGGACCCUUCCAAAUCUGAAGGGCUAUCUAGCGGGCAACCCGGGCACAGGAGAAAUUGUUGAUUUUAGCUCUAGAGUACCUUAUGCUCACGGAUUUGGUAUUAUUUCAGAUCAACUCUACGAGACAAUAGUGACGCAUUGCCAAGGACAGGACUACAUUGACCCUGGAAAUGCGCUCUGUGCUCAGGCUAUGAAUACUUUCAAUGAUCUCAUCAACGAAGUUGAGAAGGCCCAGGUUCUGCUGGACAAGUGCGUCUACGCAUCGGCUGUACCAAAUGUUGACAGCAAGACAGACGCCUCAGAUGGUAGAAGGAUCCUUGGGGAGGAGGUGGGAACAGGGAAGCUGAAUCACCCACCAGCUCGACCCCCAUUUGGCUGCAUUACUUACGGCUAUUAUCUGUCGUAUUUUUGGGCGAAUGAUAAACGCACCCAAGAAGCUCUCGGGAUCAAGAAGGGAACUGUGGAAGAGUGGGUGAGAUGCCACGACAAAGAUCUGCCCUACACGAACGACCUCGGCAGUGCCAUCAAGUACCACCGGAACCUGACGUCCAGAGGCUACCGCGCGCUGGUCUACAGCGGCGACCAUGACCUGGUGGUGCCGCACCUGGGCACCCAGGCCUGGGUCAGGUCGCUCAACUUCUCCAUCGUUGACGACUGGAGGGCGUGGCAUCUCGGCGGCCAAUCCGCCGGAUUCACGAUAAGCUAUUCAAACAACAUGACAUUCGCGACGAUCAAGGGUGCUGGGCACACGGCGCCAGAGUACGAGCCGGAGAGGUGUUUUGCCAUGUUCAGACGCUGGAUACUCAACCGCCCACUUUAAGGACCCACUCACUCGUACUAUAUAUCUUGGUGGACGGCACUAGCUCAUGCAGGGCUUUACUGGAAUGUCGAGUCCAAUCCAAUUCAUAGGUGGGGAGGAAUAAUGGAUGAUUGUUAUGAAUCGAUGGGUGAUUCAUUCAUGUGUGAAUCUCUUUGGUGAUCGGUGACUGAAAUGCUUCUCUCCGGUAUACUUCAUUAACAUUGGUAGCAAUAGAUACAAGUCAUAAGGGGUGAA